AUGGCUUCUUCUCAUGAAGCGACGCCAACUGUUUCCACCAAGUCUCGGCCACCGACGCCCACCCAACUCCUCGCUACUUGCGCUCCAUCCAGCUGGUUUCUCCCGCCACCGCACCACGAUGGAGCGUGUCACUCAACUGCCGCGCGCGUUCAAGCCGAUGCUGGGACGACCACCUACGAUUGCGUCGCACGGCUGGGAGGAUUGAAAUGGGACUCACCCGCGUCACCUGGCGUCAGGGUUCUCAGCUCGUUCUUCGAUUUACUCGAGCUACACCCGUCAUUGCUCGACCUGUUCUGCGAGAAGUUGGCCGCCUUCAGCACCGCUUGUCGCAGCGGCUUGCCUCGGAAGGGCGAAGGAAGCGUCCAAAUUUCGUUCGUAGGCCUCUUCUAUGGAGGUCUAGGAUCUGCAACGACGGAGCUACUCAAUCAUCAUGCCACGAUCAUCGAGGCCGUCGGGACUUCUUCCGCUUCCGCAUCGGCCCCCGCGACGAGACCCCGGUACUCGAUUCGGUUGGACGAACCUGAACGUGCUCUCCGCACGCAGGGCGAUGCUGUGGUUUAUAUUCAAGGUGGGACUGGCAACGUUGUUUCAAGUAUCUCGAUCGAAUACCAACGGGACAACGUACAUCAUAGCCUGGCGAAGGUACGCCAGGACGGCGCCCUCUCGCAUAUUCCCAUACUCGAUCACGAGGACCCAGUGGCCCUUCAGGAUUUGGAGGAAGAAAAGUCGAGGGGUGCAGAUGCUGUGGCGACCAAGGUGAGCCAUGCAUCUUUCAGGCUUGGUGGACAUACGCUUUCUCGAUCCGGCCUCGAUAAUUGUGGCUCAAUGUUUACUCCUUUCUCAUUCUUCAUGCUCGUGAAGGCCAUCAUCCAGUGCGUCUCCAGCGAUAGUCGAUUCUUUUUGUUGUACUCGGUUCCGUUCUUCCAGAUCGGUGAACUGGGUACGUCGCAUCUUUGAACUCACCGGCCCUGUCGAAACCUUCCGGGUCCCACUGACGCAUGCGAUCAUGCGGCCUUGGUUUGGCCAUUCGCCCCUCACCCACAGUCCAGCACCGGUCGACGCAUCCUGCAACGGCAAGGGAUCCCGUAGCGUCGACCUCGGCGUCAUCGGCCUCCAUCUCGGCUGCGACCGCCUACUCUCCGGCACCUUCCACCAGAGCCAGUUACAGCUUGCUUCUACAAGAGCUGACCCGAUGGGUGGAGCCCUCUCCGACUACCUUGAACUCAGAGGCGGCCGAAACACUUGGCACCGAUCUUCCACAACGGUCACUCAUCGUGUCCUUUAUCGCCCUGGCUUUCACAGCCGUGAUCGAAGUCCCCCCACCCGACCAAGCUGUCGUCGAUGCGCUGCUCGAUGCCCGACCCCAACCUCCGAAACGACCUCAACCUCGCCCCAGACCGGACUCGAGCCGCGACGAUGAUCCCUCCCCGCGGGUCCGAAAAACCCAGAAGACUUUGGCCGACGCCACGAGUGCUCGUUUUUCGAGGCGACUGGCAGGCCAACCACCGCUAGCUCACGCCAAGGAUUCGAAUCGACCCAUCACCCCGCCCGUCUCCUUGGCGCUGCAAUCCAAUCUCUCAUCCGACCCAUUGACGCAUGUGACUCGCAUCUUUUCCUCCCCUCCAGCAUCGACAGCUUGGAGUCCUACAAUAUCGCCACCCUCUGGUUCGUGCCAGCUAUCGAAACCGAUCACCAUCGUUCAAGAUCGCGGAUUUCUGAUCAAGGCCAGCUUGUCGAACGCGCACUGGUCUAUGAUAGUACGUCACGUGCUCUGCCCUGCUGCUUUCGUUCUAGCGCCUGUAGCCCAGCUCACCGAAAGGGUCAUUUACUUCGUGCCCUUGCGCAGUCGUACACGGGUACGAGCCGCGUGAAUCUAGUCGAGAUCGGCUUUGAUAUCGUCUGUUCGGUUCCUUCCGACUCGCCCCUUGCGUCCCGACUGUCGUCGAACCCCUCCCCAGCGAGUGAUUUCAUCCAGGGUCUCCAUUUGUCCGAUGCUGUUCUGCGGUGGUUGUCCGAAGAUCCCCGGGAAGAGCUCGAGGACGAUCGGAUCCCGCUGGAAUUCUCUGAUCGGUUCGAGACGACGGCGGAUCUUCGUCUGGAGGAGCAGAUCGCGUCGGGAAGUACUGCCGGCGGGUGGCUUGCGAACGUGGUGCGAGUCAACCGACCGUUGUCCUCAUCGGCCAAAGCCGAGGUGCCCCUUGAUGACCACCCUGCUCCGAACACGAGGUACUUUCUCAAGCUCGUGACAUGUAAUUUUGUCGGCUCGGUCAUCCGCGAGACGCUGUUCUACCAGCACGUCUUCCCGCACCUUCCCGACCGUCUUCGAAAACAUGUACCGCAAUAUCAUGGCACGUACCGAAGGACCAACGGCAACGGAUACGCCAUGGUGUUUGAGCAUGCGGGAGCAAUGAUGAGCGAUCACGACUUUUACGGAUCGCCCUCCCGAUUGUGGUAAGUUCCUACAAAGGCGGCGCAUUGAAUGCAGCGGUGUUGCAAGCCAGUCACGACGAGGCUCGCACAAAGUCCUGACCUCCUGAUUUUUUUUUUUUUUUCUUUUUGUUCUACUCGAGGCUGCAGGGAGGUCGAGGCGGUUUUCAGGGAACUAGGUAUCAUCCAUAAUGACGUCAGCCCCGCGAACGUACUGAUCCGAUCCAACGAUCAAAGUUUUUGCUUCGUUGAUUGGGGACGAUCCUAUCUCAAACUACUCAAACGCCGACUGUGAAUCUUUUUCACUCUCCCUCCUCUUUCUGACGGUCUCCUCUUCUAUAGUGAUAUUUAA